AUGGCCUCCUUAAACCCACCACGAGGCCCACGCUCGAUUCAUUCCCCUGCACCAGAAUCACUGGAAGCCAUCCUGAAACGAACAACCUACACCCCAGUGCUCUGCCACCCAAAACUCUGGUCUGAUGUUCACCUUGAGAUCUUUCGGGUAGAGGGCCUGGACAGGACUUUCCCGCUGGAAGAUGUCAUUGGGCGGCCCAUUGCGUGUGAUCCAUCGGAUGCUCCCCUCCAGACGGCUCUUGAAGGCGUCUCCCGUCCAUACUCGAGAGAGCCGUUCGGUUUGGGCUGUAAGCUUUUGCUUGAAGGACUGAAUCGCACCGACCUGAGUGAUCGCUACCGUGACCGUUACAUGAAAGGGAUGUGUUGGGAGAUGCUACGCAAUUUGAGAGAAGACAUUCGAAAAUAUCCGUGCUACGAGCUUUGUCCAACGCCUGAUUUCUUUCCUAUAACAUCUCUCUUGUGCAUGACCCAUGAUGUCUACGCGCCGGAAGAUGUCUGGAACCACAUCCAGGAGGAGAAACGGUUGAAGCGAUGGGCCAAGAGAUCAAAGUCAGCUGAAAUCGUUGCCUUGUUACUGGCAACAGCCCAGCAACAGCUAAAACGCAUGGCCAGACCCCUGCAAAGUGAAUAUGUCCAGCCUAUACUUAUAACUGCCAAUGGUAACAAAGUGCAAUUUUUCCGGGCCCGCUUCUCAGUACAAUCUGUCGAUGCGUUAACGGAUCCGUCCCAACUGCUUGAUAGACCUGCCAUCAUAAAACAAUCCCCGCCAUUAGAUUUUUACAAAGAAUCUGAUCGUAUCCAGCUGGUUCUUGCGCUGGCAGCUGUGCUUGAUGAAUAUUUCCAGGAUAUCAGGCCAACAUUAUCUCCUUAUCAGGUCCCUGACCAUGAGCAGCCGAAACCGAAACCUCGAAAGCAUCGACGCUCAAAAAAGUCGCGUUGA